AUCUUCACCAUUAAACUAAUACCACUUGUUUCUUUCUGUGUUUUUUAUUUGUUUUCAACUCUCUCUCUCUCUCUCUUCUUGCCAAGAACACCUAGAUUUGUCUCUGUUUUUACAUUCAGUUUGGGGUUUUAAAUCUGCUUCGAGGGUCAAAAUCUUAUUACUUGAGCUGGGUUCUUGAUUUUCUGGGACGGGGAGGUUUUUUGCUUCAAGUAUGACAUCAGAUGGGAGAUGUGCAUUUGAUUUCGGUGUUGGGUAAACAAAAGAAAAGGCAUGUCAGACUCGAGUGUUUAUGAGCUUGGAGAUAUCGUUUGGGAUGAAUUUGCUCAGACGGAAGAUCAUAUAGUGCCUUACUCUAAUAGUGUAGAAGAACAUGCGUCUCAGGCUGAAAAUCAUAAGAAAUCUGGGUUUGAAGUAGUUGGCUUUCCGAGUGAUUCUGCUGACAAAUAUGCUGCAAACCGUGUUAGUCAGGAAAAAGAGGAAAGAGAUACUUCAGAUUCAGUUAUAGCAAAUACUACAAUGAUGGAGGACUCAUUGUCACACAAAUUGCACAAAUCUGAUAAGUUGUUUUUUGGUUCCAAAAGUGAUCAAACAAAAGUGGUGCCAUCUUUAGCAUCUGAAAAUUCUGGGGUGUCAAAUUGCUUGAGGAGUAACGAUAAGGAUUCACCUGGUGAACCAUGUUAUCCUAGACUUGGUGGAAAUUGCACUGCAUUUGAUAGUAGCUCCGAUCAUCCAUCGACUUGCAUGUCUGAAACAGAGAAGGAUCUACUAGGCUUUAUUGAUAAUGUUCAUGCAGAUAAAGAAUCCAGUGAUCUCUUGUACUACAAUUGGUCUCAUAUAGAAAAUUUUGAGGAUGUUGACCGGAUGUUUAGAGGCUGUGACCCAUCAUUUGAGCUCGGGGGUGCUGGUAAUGAAGCUGGAACAGAAUGGUUUUCAGCAUCAGGUGCUCUUGAAGGAUUUGAAGUAUCUAAGCCAAGAUUCAACUUCUCAUGUCCUGAUUCAAAUGCUUUGAAAGACUUAACAGAAGAUCUUGGAUCUCCAAAUCUGAAAUAUGAUGAUCCUGCUGUCCAGUAUUCAAGUACUGAAAAUGCAUCUUCUAGUUACAAAGAUAGAUCUCAGCUGUCAAUAUUUGACAAGCCCGCCUCAAUAAAUAACUUGUCUUUUAAGAGCGGUCAAGUUUCUAAAGACAAAGACCAGUUCCUUGAAAAUCAGAAAAAGCAACAGAAACAAAAGGAAGGGAAAAGAAAAGAUCGGCAUUUUGAAAAUGCUAGCUCAUCGUGUCACCUCAAUGACCUGCAAAAGGAAGGCAUACAUCUACCAUGGGAUGAUAGUCAUCAUGACUUAUACACCUCGAGUGGCAUCCAGAAGAAGCAAAAUUUAUGCUAUAAUUCCAUUGACAACCUAAACAAUGAUUUUCAUUAUGUGCAAGGAGACUAUCCUCAACCUUCAGAACAAACUACAGUUGAUACAAUGCUAUCUGGGAUGCAGUCAAAAAAUACAGUUCAACCUUCUCCUUUUCAGAAGGAUUCUUCCCAUGCAUCAAAUGAAAUACAGCGCUCAUUCCAGGAAAAACAUAUUGUACCUGAUGUUAGACGAAGAAAUCUACAAGAUAUCCAGUACUCGUUUGAUAGCAACUCAAAAAAUAUUGAUGCUCCUUUAAACUUCAAUCAAGCAUCAGUUCAAACUGGUCACUGGUUUGAAAAUCACAAUGAUGUGGAAGGAGUUGGCUCAGGAAUUCCUGCAGAUCUAAGUUCUCUAAAUCUCCACGAAAGUUCUUCCGCAAAUAUUGGGUUAAAUGAGUUGUCCCUAGAAGUAACCAGUUUCCGCCAGCUCCAACAGGUCAUGAAACAGAUGGAUUUAAAAACAAAGCUAUGCAUAAGGGACAGUCUUUACCGUUUGGCUAGGAGUGCUCAACAACGGCAUAAUUAUGCUAAUCUGACAGGUGGCCCUGGAGAUGUCAGAAAUUUCAUGAGAGAUGGGACAAAUGAGUGUACUGGAUAUAUUGAUAUGGAGACCGACACAAAUCCUGUAGAUCGUUCUAUAGCACAUCUAUUGUUCCAUAGGCCAACUGACUUGCCUGUGAUGCCUUGUACUAAUGCAUCGUCUCUUGAUCCGCAUUCCAUAAAAACAGAGUCCGAGACGGGUCCACACAAUACAGCUGACAGGUUAUAGUGCAGCGAUGAAUCUGGUGCCUGCCUAAAUAGGAGUGGCAAUUUUGAAGGCUGAUCAAAUAAUAGAAAAUGUAUUGUUUUCUUGAUCACAGUAAGAUAUCCAAGUUCCUCGAUGCUUGGUUUUGUAGCAGUGGUAGGCUUCUAAGGUGUAGAUAAACCAGUUUGACCCCAUGUUUCCAGUUUCUAGUUGGAGUUGAUUUGUAAUGUGAUGCAUGGCAAUGUAUAUCCAUGUAUCAGUGUUUUUGCAGCUGUCUUCGUAUAUAUGUUUUCAUGAUACGACUCGACUAUCUUGUACAAUUACUUGAUCAUGACAAAUUUUUAUUGUAUAUUUUCUUGAUAUGAUUAAAUGUCAAAGGAUGAUUUUUGGCAGAA